CUGUGUGAAUAUACGAGCAGGCCUACACCACAUAAUACACAAAUCGAUCGCUGCACCCUUCGAGGGGCACCCCGCCAAACGGUUUGAUAAAAGAGGACAGCCAGGUUGAGCCGCUCGAAACGAGGCGAUCCUGCUGAGCGAGCAACUGGAUGUGUAGCCAACAAAAGGGAAGAAAAAAAAAAAUUAAGCAAGACAUAAAGACAAACCCCCGUUUGGCACCACCCCAAUAGCUAUGAUGAAGGCCAUUCUGCUUUGGUUCCUUUUUGUAUGCGGCGUGUUUGCCUUCCGCCAGUCGGGGAACAACCCGCUGUGCCAGCAGAGCGGCAACCGGAAGGGGCGCCUAAGCUACAGGAAAACCACAGGUGGCCAGGGAGCCACGGGCAGAAGGGGCUCUGCCUACUCCCUGGGAAGCACCUUCGACGAUAUAAAAAAAAUAAUUUCCAAGCAGCUGUCCGUGGAGGAAGACAAGAUACAAAUGGAGUCAAACUUUACCAAGGACCUGGGGGCGGACAGCCUAGACAUUGUAGAACUCAUCAUGGCGCUCGAGGAAAAAUUUAACAUAACCAUCUCGGACCAAGAUGCGCUGAAGAUAAGCACCGUGCAGGAUGCGAUUGAUUUUAUUGAGAAAAAUAAAAAAUCGGAUGCGUGAAGGUGUCAAAAGGGACCCUGUGGGGGGUCUCCCAGGUGGUGCCGGCACGGGGCGACGUGGGUGCGAAAAGUAAGCAGGAAGAAACCCAGCUGCUUUUUCACUUCCACCGCUUCUACACUCACUGAGUUGCCCCCAAAAUUUGACUCUCCUUUUUACUGCCAACAUUUUCCCCUAUUCAUUCGC